AUGGGCAUGUUCUGGGGCAGCUUGUCCGACCGCGUCGGCCGCAAGCCCGUCCUGAUCCUGGGCUGCGUCGGAACCAUGUUCAGCAUGGUCAUGGUCGGCUUCGCCUCCAACAUAUGGAUCGCCCUGCUCGGGAGAGCCCUCGGCGGUCUCCUCAACGGCAACAUCGGCGUCAUCCAGACCAUGGUCGGCGAGCUCGUCACGAAGCCCGAGCACGAACGUACGUACCCCAGUCCGCUCGACGUCGAUGGAAGCUCCGAUGCUAAUGGUGGCCCUUCCCCAGCACGCGCCUUUGCCGUCAUGCCCUUUGUCUGGAGCAUCGGCACCAUCAUCGGUCCUUGCAUCGGCGGCACCCUGGCGAGCCCCCACGAUUCCUGGCCCGGCCUCUUCCCGACGGGCACCUUGUUCGACCGCUUCCCCUACCUCCUCCCCAACCUCGCCUGCGCCGUCCUCCUGCUCGUCAGCAUCGUCAUGGGCCUGUUCCUCCUCGACGAGACGCACCCCGACAUGCAGCCGCGCGCGCUGUUGCCGGCCGACACGUACGUCUCGGAGGAGACGCCGCUGAUCGAGACGUCGGAUGCCAUGAAGCGCCCGGCCGUGGACCUGCGCGCCGAGACGUACGGCACGAUGAGAAACGCCGGCGGCGAGCCUCUGCGCGAAGACGAUGCCGGCGAGGAAAAGGCCGGCCUCGUGCCCGACCCCUGGAACAAGCGCGUCGUGGGCUUCAUCGUCGCCCUGUCCAUAUUCACCUACCACUCGAUGACGUACGACCACCUCAUGCCCAUCUUCUUCGAGGACAAGCGUUCGCCGGCCGUGACGGCGACCGGUGCCCGUCACUCCUCCCUCCUGAGCUCCUCGGGCGGCUUGGGACUCUCCCUGCGGGACGUGGGCAUGAUCAUGGCCGUCAACGGAGUCAUCGCCCUGUUCGUCCAGGCCGUCGUCUUCCCCUUGGCGGCCGAGAGGAUCGGCGUCUACAGGCUGUUCCUCGUCGUCACCGUCCUGCACCCCAUCGCCUACGCCGUCGUCCCCCUCCUGCUCGCCAUACCCCCGUCCUUCAUCUUCCCCGCCAUAUACGUCUGCCUUGCCAUCCGCAACCUGCUCUCGAUCACCCUCUACCCUCUCCUCCUCAUCCUCAUCAAGGAGGCUGUCCCCUCCUCGAGCGCCCUCGGCAAGGUCAACGGCCUGGCGGCCAGCGCCGGCGCCGCAUGCCGCAUGGUGGCGCCCCCGGUGGCGGGAUACCUCUACACCUACGGCAGUCGGGUGAACUGCACCGCCCUGGCUUGGUACGGCAGCACCGUCGUCGCCAUGGCCGGCGCGGUCCAGUGCUUCUCCGUGCCACGCGAGCGAAACGUGGACCAUUCGGACGAGAGCGUCGACAGGCAAAACAAGCGGGGAACACGGGUGGAGACUACGGAGAUUCCGGCCGACGGCGACGACAGCUCGGUCGACGAGGACUGGGUGACGGGAGAGACAGACCUGUCGCGAGGGGAAAGGACGACGGAUGGCUUGGUUCGAUCCUGA